UGCCAGACACACGAUUUUCCCUUUCCCCUGCAAAGACCUCCCAGCCCUCCAGCUGUUCGAGGUGGAAGAAAGAAGGAAACGGGAUGAGCUGCAGGUGCUGGAGUCCCAGGCCUUCCAGCAAAUGGCGCUUCCUCCAAGCACCCACCCAGCUGGAGGCGGCCCACAGAUCCUGGAGAACAGCCUGGAGGAGGAGGAAGAGGAGGUGACCAUCGAGAUCAUGUUGUCCAGCUCUGGGGACGAGGACUCCCAGCACAGCCCCUGUGGGCCUCAGCCCUGCCAGGGCAGUGAGGAGACAGCGGACGAGGUGCCCGCCUCCAGGAAAGCCUACGUGUGCCCCGCGUGUGGGAAGGCCUUCCGCUGGAGGGUCAACUUUGUACGGCACCUGCGUAGCCGCCAGGACCGGAAGAAGCCAUGCGUGUGCCCUGUGUGUGGGGAGCUGUUCAGCGAAGACGAGGACCUGGACGGCCACCUGGAGGCCCACGAGGCCCAGAAGCCCUACAGGUGCGGCUCCUGCGGGAGGAGCUUCCGCCUCAACUCCCACCUGCUCUCCCACCGGCAGAUCCACCGGCAGCCCAGCAGACUGGAGCCGGAGAAGCAGAGCGAGGAGGGACUGGGCUUCCAGCGCCGGGAGCCCCUGGCCUGGCACCGCGGCCACACACACCAAAAGGAUGCCAUGUGGCCCUUCCAGUGCCGCUACUGCGUCAAAAGCUUUGGGCAGAACUCGGACCUCCUCCACCACGAGCGCGUGCACAUGAAGAGGCGCUCCAAGCAGGCCCUAAACUCCUACUGAGGGCUACCACCCAGCCCCAUGCUCCUGCUGCCCCCUGCGCCCGGGCCGUGUCCAGCCCCACCUGCUGCCACGGUAGCCCCACCAGUGCUUGCUCCAUCUCAGAGGCCCCUGCACACGGUCGUCCCAGCUGGCAGAGGGCUGGUCUCCAUCCUGGGACCACUGGGUCACCAACCAGUCCUCAGCACUAACAUUCCCAUCUUGCCCUGAGCACGGACCCCAGCGUCCAGGCUUGCUGCUGUCCCUGCCCAACAGGUUGGGUGGGGAGUGGACCCGGUGCACAGCACAUCCUGUCUCCAAGGCAGCUGAAAGGCGGAUGGUGGGGGUGGGGUGGGGAGCCCUAUGGUGGGAGCUCCAGGGUGCUCAGGGCUGGGAAACCGCCAUGGUCCCUUUGGAUGUGUGCGGGGGAGUGGGGCUCCCCAGGAAGGCAAAGCUCUCCUUUUUAACUGUUGUGCACCUGCCCCAGAAUGCCCCUUUCUCUGCCCAGAUGCCCUUGGUAAACAUUUGAGUUGGAAGCUGA